GGAUAAAACACCCAUUGUGGUGGGGCACCACCUUUCAUCUGUUAAUUUAACGAUUUGGGAAGCAGAAGGACUUACCUCUUCUCACUGUAAACACUAGUCCUCUAGAGUAUUGGAAUCUCCAGAAACUGUAUUGAUCUCUAUUUAGCAGUGUUGAGAGUGGAUCGACGUGAGACAUCUAUCAGGCCUGGUCGGACCCCAUUCUACUGCUCUGUAAACUACUCCUCUCCUGCCUCAGCCCCUGGGCCAUGGUACAUCAGAGUGUAGCAGCUACAAUAUGAGCGUAACUCCAUCCACCACCCUGGACAGCCAGCUGACCACUACCUGGGGCCCUACCAACUCCUACCCUGAUGUUCCAAUGGUGAUGUCUGGUUACACAAGUCGCCUGUGGCCUCGUGACUCCCAGCCUCAGUUCUGGAGUAAGUACCAGGUGUGGGAGUGGCUGCAACAGGUCAUGGACAUGCACCAGAUCGAUGCCUCGAACAUUCCCUUCCAAAACUUUGAUAUGGACGGCUAUCAGCUCUGCAGCCUGAGCUACCAGGACUUCAUUCGUGCUGCUGGCAGCGUGGGGCCCAUUCUCUUCCACAGCAUCACAGAGCUCAAGUGGAGCGGGCAGUACCAUGUGGAAAUAGGGCAACUGGAAAUCAAACCAGAAUUCGACUUCUCCUGUCCAUUUCCAGAUGUCAGCUAUCCUCCUGGAGAAAUCUACGAUCCCUUGAUUCACCCCCUUGCACCUGCCUCUCCCACCCCUUCUAGCCCUGAUAUCAAAAAGUCUUUGAGUCGUCCUCAUCAGGUCAAAAAAAACAUUCCUUUCCCCGCAGACCCAAGGGGGACCCACUUGUGGGAGUUCAUCAGGGACAUUCUGCUGAACCCAGAGCGAAACCCAGGACUGAUCAAGUGGGAGGAUCGGACAGAGGGGGUAUUCCGCUUCCUUAAGUCAGAGGCAGUGGCACAGUUAUGGGGCAAGAAGAAGAAUAACAGCAGCAUGACCUAUGAGAAACUAAGCCGGGCAAUGAGAUAUUACUACAAAAGAGAAAUCCUAGAACGAGUAGAUGGACGCAGACUGGUUUAUAAGUUUGGAAGGAAUGCAAGAGGAUGGAGGGAGUCAGAGAAGUGACAAUUUCAUUAAUUUAUGUUUUCUUUGAUGUUGUAUGCAAAUCUGAUGUUUUAUAGUGUAGUUUUCAUUUUCAUUGUUUUUGAUAAAGAGACUGUAUAUUUGAACUGUUUACACAUUGUUAAUAAUUGUAUGUUUGCCUCAUUAUUUGUUUCUUUGAAUUCAUCCCUUUGUUGUGACACUGCACUGAGAUGUUCUUUACUGUGCCUUAUUGAAAACUCGCUUAUUAUACCAGCAUGUCAGCAGUCAAACCUCACGCACGUACACAAGUGCUCACUGGAGAAAAAGUACCGCAAAAAGCUAACAUAAAACAUUGUGAAUCCUGAAUCCAUUUUUUUAAGGUACUUUCUGCAAUUCCCAAAGGAGCACAUGUUGAUAGCAUUCAAAACACAUGAGGCAAAGAGAUGUAUGCUGAGUGUUUUGACACUUAAACUGUGAAGUGUCCUUUGGGAAGGAUGCUUGAUCACUGCCGAAAAACAAAAUUAAAAAAUUAUUAUUAUUAUUAUAAUAACAUCCCAUAAGCAAUGAAGUACAUGACUGCAUAAACAAGUGAAAAACUAUACAUAUUUACAUUGAAAUGACAGUAUGGUUUGUCUUAUUUCGUUCAUUUCAUACUUUGCACCCACUGAGCGGUAAAGAAAGUGUGUAAAUGUUUGUUGAUGUUUAAUUCAAAUAAAGCUUGUCAUUGUUUUUA